UUCCGGAGGUGGGCGGGGCUUCACAGCUCCAGGGUGACAGGUAGUCCAUGUGAGUGGCAAUAUGGCAGCGCCCGUGAACUUCCAGAAUGAGGAGGAGGUGAAAGAAUACCUGGAUAAUAUCGGCACGGAGUACACCUAUCAGUGCCACCGGGAGAAGCAGCCAGAAGGUUGCCAUAGACUUGCAGAGUAUUAUGAGAGCAUCCGAAAAAACUUUGAAGCUGCAGCAAAGAUACUGAAGUUGAACUGCGAGCAAAAUGAGCUUAGCGAGAGUUGCUACAAACUUGGGGGAUAUUAUGUAACUGGGAGAGGUGGGCUGCCAGUGGACCUUAAGGCUGCAUACAACUGCUUUUUAAAAUCUUGCAACAAGGGUGGAAAGAAAUCCAUCGACUCUUGCCAUAAUGUUGGUUUGCUGUUACAUGAUGGACGUGUAAAUGAUGAAAAGCCUGACCCUGUAUUAGCUAGAGAUUACUAUGAGAAGGCAUGUGAAGCCAGUUUUGCAGCAAGCUGUUUCAACCUGAGCGCCAUAUACCUGCAAGGAGAUACUGGCAUAGCACAGGACUUGAGCAGGGCUCUACAUUACUCUGAGAAGGCAUGUGACCUGGGGCACACAUGGGCCUGUGCCAAUGCUAGCCGCAUGUACAAACUGGGGGAUGGGGUAAGCCAAAAUGACUCUAAAGCAGAAACCUUUAAAAACCGGGCUAUGGAAUUACACAAGAAACAGAAGGAGAGUUCACAAAUCACUUUUGGAGAAUGAAAGCUUCACACACUCAUCUGAUCGUUUGACAACCUCCUUGUUUCAUUAAAUAAAAUCAUAAGGAUCUAUUGAAACAAUGCAGUGUAAUUUGUUUUACAGUGAAGAGGACAAGAAUAUCAAUAUGUAUUUACUUGAUGUAAUUCUAUCACAAUCUAUGUUAAAAGUUUGGCGACAUUUUCACAAUCCUCGGCUAGGCUGCAUCAGUAAUUUCUUGCCACUGCAUCUGAAUUGUUUUCCCAUGAAGCACAGUCAACUAAGAUCAUUUCUACUUAAUGGGUUUAUUUUUUUUAACCUGUAAUUGACUAAUCACGUCUGAGCAAAAA